GCCCUUCUUCAAGGCUUCAACUUCACCAUUCCCCUGCUUCUACCUCUCACAACUUUUCAGCUCUCGCAUCCCUCAAAAUUACAAUCAUUCUCAAGUUUCAUGCCUUCAUUCAUGGCCUUUAGGCUUGAUUAUAACCCUGCCUCUCUCUAAGAUACCAAGCCACCAUCUUCUAGCCCUCUGGUUCCGAUCCCGGCCUAGAUGGGAAUCAUUUUUCUUUUUAUUCUGUUCGAUCAAAUGGAAAGAUUAAGACCAUUCAUUUGUAAGAACUGGAUCAAGGCAAAGGCUGAAUCUGGGUCUCUUAAGCUUCCUCAAGCUUUGAGUGCCUUCCACUUCAUGAUUAAUAUGAGCGACUUGCCUUCAAUAUGGGCUUUCAAUCAUCUGUUUGUGGCUGUUUCCAAAAUGAAAGAGUAUUCCUCUGUGGUUUCCAUGUAUAAACAGUUUAUGAGUUUUGAUAGAAUCAAACCUAAUAUCUAUACAUUCAACACUUUGAUCAAUUGCUUUUGCAAUUUGAACCGGGUGGAUUUGGGUUUCUCUGUCCUGGGUGUGGUUCUUAAACGUGGUUUUCAACCUGACGGUUAUACUAUGAAUCCUCUGCUUCGUAGGCUUUUCCUGGAAUUUAAGAUUAAUGAGGCCAUGGAGUUGUUUCAGAAAAUAGUGGACAUGGAGUACCCAUGUGAUGCUUUUGCUUGUAGUAUUUUAAUUAAUGGGCUCUGUAAAUCAGGAAAUACUCACCAGGCACUUGCUUUACUCAGAUCCAUGAAUGGUGCUGGUGCUGGUGCUGGAUGGUUUAAUGUGGUAUCAUAUAAUUCGUUGAUUCAUGGGCUGUGUGCCGAGGGUAAGCAGGAAGAAGCCACCAGCAUUUUGACUGACAUGAUUGAUAUGGGAAUUUCUCCAGAUGAGUACACCUUCAGCACUCUGAUUAAUGCUUUUAUUAAGGAAGGGAAGGCCAAAGAUGCAGUUGCUCUAUUUGAUUCAAUGUCUGAAACAGACAUAAAGCCUAAUGUUGUAAUUUAUAACUCUUUGGUUUGUGGCUUGUGCAAGUCAGGUGAAUGGAGACUGGCCACAGAGUACAUGGAAAACAUGAUUGAUUGUGGAAUCUUGCCUAAUCUCUUAACAUUAAGUUCAGUGAUAAAUGCUUUGUGCAAGGAAGGCCGGAUGACCGAAGCUAUCCAUUUGAAGAAAGUGAUGCAUUUUGUCAAACCUGAUGUUGUCACUUACACCUCAUUGAUUCAUGGAUUUUGUCAUUCAGGUCAAUGGGGAGAAGUCUUAAGCUUGUUUGAUGAAAUGAUGGAAGAAGGAAUCAUGCCAGAUGUCGUAACUCUCAGUUCUAUAAUUGAUGCUUGUUGCAAGCAAGGGAGAACCAAGGAAGCCCUCAGCAUUAUGGAGCAAAUGAAUGAAAGGGGUUUGAAGCCCAAUGUUAUUACUUACAACUCAUUGUUAAAUGAGUUAUGUCAUUCAGGCCAAUGGAAAGAAGCCACAAACUUGUUUAACAAAAUGAUGGAAAAGGGGAUCCUACCAGAUGUGAUAACUUUCAGUUCUGUAAUUGAUGCUCUUUGCAAGAACAAAGGAAUUAAAGAAGCUCUUACCAUAUUGAAGCUAAUGACUGCAAGGAUUUUGGAGCCUAAUAUCAUCGCUCACAACUCAUUAUUUUGCCAUUCAAGACAAUGGAGGGAAGCAAAAAAGUUGUUGGAUGGAAUGGUGAAUCAUGAUAUCUUACCGGAUGUUGUAACUUUUAACAUAUUGUUGGAUGCUAUCUGCAGAAAUGGGAUGAUGUCGAAAGCUCAUGAAAUUCUUGAUAUGAUGACUCAGAUAGGUGUGAAGCCUGACGUAAUUACUUUUAGUCUUGUAAUUCAUGGUUAUUGUUUGGAAGGGGAAAUGAAAAAGGCAGUUGAUGUCUUUAACUCAUUGGAAACUAUGGGUUUGCUACCUGAUUUAGUUUGCUAUAAUACAUUGAUCCAAGGAUAUGUUAACUGUAAUAGAAUCAAUGAUGCACUCAGGCUUUUUAUAGAAAUGAAAAGGAUGGGAAUUAUGCCUGAUGCCAUUACUCGUAAAGUUUUGUAUAGCUUGUAAGUUUGUGAUGGUCGUUACAGGUGAAAUGCCUAGGGCUUUUUUAUAGAAAUAUGAUGUCUGCACUUCAUUGUUUUCUUUGAGUUUUCUUCAUCUUUAAGUUUGAUUGUUUUUAAUUUUAUAUUAUAAAAUAAUAAUUUUUAA